AUGGCGAAUUUCUUUGUGGCCCUCUGGGAGAGCAUUUUCCAACCGGGAACCACGCCGCAACUCAUUGUGGCUACCCAUGUUUCGUUCAUCGCGCUUCUGAGUACUCUCAUCUGGCUGAUCUACGCUACGAAGGGCAAUGUCCAUUUCUAUGCCCUUUUCAUCAUUGCGUUAUGUCUGUGGGUCUGUGUCAUAUGGUUUAUUCGCGAACUGAAAUCGGUGGAUCUCAAGAACAACGAGCAAUUGGAGGGCUCCAUCAAGCAGGAGCCUGCCGAAAAGAAGAUCGCUUCUGCUGCCGAGAAGGAACAACCAAAAUCCUCAACUAUGAGAUCAAGAAAACUGUAG